ACCAGCGAACGCUUAUUGCCGGUCCUGGGUCACAUGAGAGACAUCCGUCUCCGCGAAAUGAAGCCGCUGUACGGUGGGGUAGAGGGAGGAGGGACCAGCUCGAAUGUUGUGUUGAUUGCUGAAGAUGGAACCAUUGUGGCCAAGGCAGAUGGACCUUCUACCAACCACUGGCUGGUUGGGGUGGACCGGUGUUUGUCAGCCAUCAACCAAAUGGUCGAGGAAGCCAAGAUGCAUGCUGGCAGUGACCCAGGAGUACCACUCAAGUCCUUGGGAAUGUCGCUGAGCGGUGGGGAGCAGAAAGAAGCCAUCAGCAAACUGGUUCAGCUCCUGAGGGACAGGUACCCAAACCUGAGUGAGAUGUACUACAUCACCACGGAUGCGAUGGGAGGGAUAGCCACUGCCACCAAUAGGGGCGGAAUCGUGCUGAUCUCGGGAACGGGCUCCAACUGCAAGCUCGUCAAUCCUGACGGGUCUGAGAUCGGCUGUGGAGGCUGGGGUCAUAUGCUGGGGGACGAGGGAUCUGCUUAUUGGAUAUCCCACUUGGCUAUCAAGACUGUGUUUGACGUCACAGAUAACUUCAAGCUCGCACCCUAUGACAUCUCGCUGGUACAGAAGGCCAUGUACGAUUACUUCCAGAUAUCCAAUCGGAUGGACCUCCUUACUCACUUCUAUCGGAACUUUGAGAAAUCUAAAAUUGCUGGACUUUGUCAAGUACUAGCCAAAGUGGCAAAAGAUGGAGAUGCGUUGAGCUGCAGUGUGUUCAGAAGAGCAGGACAGGAAUUGGCUCAGCACAUCGUGGCUGUGAUACCGGCUGCAGACAAGAUACUUUUUGAGGGGGAGCUUGGUCUACCGAUAGUCUGCGUGGGAUCUGUUUGGAACAGCUGGGACCUGCUCAAAGAUGGGUUUCUCGAGGUGCUGGCGGAAGCGAGGCAGAAGCCGGAGGGGAGACUGCUGUCCAAGUUCUCCCUGAUGAAGCUGAAGCAGCCAUCGGCGGUUGGAGCAGCCAGUCUUGGCGCCAAGCACACUGGUUACGAUUUACCAGUGCGGUACACCAAUAAUGUGACAGUCUUCUACACGCACUGCUACCAACCCCAGUGAACCUGCCGUCGUGGGGGCACACGGGUCAUGUGGCCUUGACCAGGGAGCUUGCUUAAUCAGGGAUGUAAAUAUGACGUAAUUAUGGACACUCAGUGAUUCCUUUCCAUGCCCGUACUUUAGAUGUUUACCAACCAAAAAUUUAAUUGCAAACUAAUCAAUCACGUCCUUAUCAGUUACACAGUCCUGGAAAACAAUAUCAUUCACUUUCUGCCCCACUCUCAGGGCAACACUUAAACAGGGGUGGGAAUUAAUGCGCACAAGUUUCAGUCCUGCACAACUGCGAUCUGAUCUUCAGGUACCAGGCGAGGGGGUCAGCAUCAGGAUGACAGGUGUGGGGGGAUCACCUUUAGGUGACAGGCAUGUGGGGGGGGGGUGAGGUCACCAUUAGGCACUGGCUGCGCGGGGUUACUAUUAAGUGCCGACCCAAGUGUGGAACGGGGAGGUGAAUGGGCCACCUUUCACACCCACAACCCAUGUACUGGCUUGGUCUGUAUGAAGGUGUGGGAGAUGUGUUUGUGGAGUGUUUUCCAUCUUUUGCACUUUGUGUUUUCUGAUGGUAGAAAGAGGCCAUUUGGUCCUUCAAGCCCAUGUCAGCUCAGUCUCAUUCUUUCCCUUAUUUUCUGUCUGUCUCCAUGAUCUUCCUGCCAUCCCCUAACACGCAAAGUGUAUUUUACAGCAGGUGAUUAGUCUGCCAACACCCCCUGCCCCACUCCUCGACUCCCACAAUUGCGAGGUAGGAGGGAGGUGGAACACACAGGGGAAACUCAUAUGGUCUCCGAGAGAACGUUGACAGCACCUGAUGUCGGAAUCGAACCUGGAGGGUGUCUGAAGGACAUGUAACAAUUACUGACUGACCCAGUCGGCUCAUGGGUCUACAGAAUGGGUCAGCGAAAACAAAAUAGUGACGUGCACCCUUAUAACAUUCCUGAAGAGAACUGUGUUUUAUUGGUGAUUGUCAGAAUAUAUUUGCACUUCCAUGAUGGAUAACGUUGUGAAACAUGAAAAUGGUUGUCUGUGUUUUCUUUAACUCACUUCAUUUGUUCGAUCUGCACCUAGGCAGAGGGAGGGCCUGUUGAGCUGUCGAAGGGUUAGGAGGGACACU